CAGAAAAGGUGAUAGUUUUUCAUCGCCUCUAUGAUACAAACUAGAUUUUUUAACAAUGCACGUUGCCUCAUGAUCAUACAAUGCCAAUGCCAAUUCACUCCAUUGCCAAUCUCAAUCUUGCAGAAUUAUGUAGAGAGGGUUCAUUGAAGGAGGGGCUACACAUUCUCUUUUCUAAACAUAGCCUCCUCCCUGCUAAUCCAUCUACAUAUCUUCAACUAUUACAAGCCUGCAAUUUCAAGAAAGCACUUUCUGAGGGUAAGCAAAUCCAUUCUUACAGCAGUCUCAGAGGAUUUGAAUUUGCUAGAAGCACAUCAUUUCAAAAUAAGCUUAUCAACAUGUAUUUUAAGUGUUGCAGUAUGAUGGAUGCCCGUAAAGUGUUUGACGGUAUGACAGAACGAAACGUGAUCUCAUGGAACACGAUAAUUGCAGCUUACAGAAGAAAUGGGUAUCCUCAUGAGGCAUUGGCACUGUUCAACCAAAUGCAACGAACAGGCGUCCAACCUGAUAAUUACACCUUUUCAAGCAUACUCACAGUCUGCGCGGAAAUAAGAGCUUUGGAACAGGGUAUCAACAUCCAUCAAAGCAUAUCGGAAAGGGGACUUUUGUCAGAUGUAGUUUCAAAUGCAUUGGUAGAUAUGUAUGCAAAAUGUGGAAGCUUACACAUGGCGUGUGAAGUGUUUGAUAAAAUGCCUCUACAAAGCGUGGUUUCAUGGACUGCAAUGAUAGCAGGGUAUGCGCAAAAUGGGUUUCUUGACGAGGCUGUAAGUCUUUUCAAAAAAAUGCCUCAAAGAGACGCGGUCUCUUGGAACGCAAUGAUUGCAGGAUAUGCACAAAAUGGGUUUGUGGAAAAAGCCCUGGAAACCUUUAAGCAAAUGCAAUGCGCAGGCCUAGAGCCAAACCCCACAACAUUUGUCAGCAUCCUCCCAGCCUUAGCCAAAAUGGGGACUUUGGAACAGGGCAUGAACAUUCAUCGGAACAUAAGGGAAAGUGGAUUUUUGUCAGAUGUUGUAGUAGCAAGUGCCCUGCUAGAUAUGUAUGUAAAAUGUGGAAGCAUACAAAUAGCACGUGAACUGUUUGACAAAAUGCCCAGAAGAAAUGUGGUCUCAUGGAAUAUAAUGAUCGCAGGAUAUGCACAAUAUGGUGUACUCGACGAGGCAUUAUUGCUUUUCAAAGAAAUGCCUCAAAGAAAUGGGGUUUCCUGGACUGCAAUGAUCUCAGGAUAUGCACAAAAUGGGUUUGUCGAGAAGGCACUGGAAACUUAUAAGCAAAUGCAAUUGGAAGGUGUAAAGCCAAUGCCCACAACCUUUGCCAGCAUUCUCCCAGCCUGUGCCAAAAUGGGAACUUUGGAAGUGGGCAGGAACAUCCAUCGACACAUAAUUGAAGACGGAUUUUUGUCAGAUGUUGUAGUUGCAAGUUCACUAUUGGACAUGUAUGCCAAAUGUGGAAGCAUACACAAGGCGUGUGCAUUGUUUAACAGAAUGCAUCAAAGAGAUGUGGUUGCGUGGAAUGCAAUGAUUGCAGGUUAUGCACAAAAUGGGUUUACUGAAAAGGUCUUGGAAACUUUUAAGCAAAUGCAAUUGGCAGGUGUAAAGCCAGUCUCCUCAACGUUUUCCAGCAUUCUUGCAGCUUGCGGCAAAAGUGGAGCUUUGGAACAGGGUAUGGGUAUCCAUCAAAGCAUAAUCGAAAAUGGUUUUUGGUCACAUGUUGUGAUUUUGAGUGGCCUCGUAGACAUGUAUGCAAAAUGUGGAAACAUACACAAGGCACGUGAAUUAUUUGAUAGAAUGCCUCAAAGAGAUGUGAUCUCAUGGAAUGCAAUGAUUGCAGGUUAUGCACAAAAUGGCUUUUGCAAAGAUGCUCUUAAACUCUUUGAACUAAUGAAGCACUCUGGAACAAACCCUGACCAUGUAACCUUUGUUUGUGUUUUAUUAGCAUGUACCCAUGCAGGUUUAGUGGAUGAAGGAUGCAAGUACUUCAACGGCAUGAAUCACUCUUAUUGCAUUAUGCCUACAAUUGAUCAUUAUGUGUGCAUGGUUGACCUUCUUGGCCGUGCUGGCUAUCUUGAAGAAACUUUAAACUUCAUCAUCAAAAUGCCAAUUAAACCUGUGGAAGUUGUCUGGACAUGUUUACUUAGUGCCUGUAGAACACAUAAAAAUAUAGAGUUAGGAGAGUUAACAGCGGAUCUUCUUUUUGAGCUGGAUCCUAAAAGCACUGCACCUUAUGUUCUUCUGUCAACAAUCUAUGCAGACUUGGGCAGGUGGGGUGAGGCUCAAAUGGUAAGGAGGCUGAUGAAAGAAAGAGGAGUUAGAAAGUUACCAGGAUGUAGUUGGAUUGGAGACCAUAAUAUGUUACGUGCUUUUUGUGUUGGAGAACAUACACCCUGACUCACAGACACAAGAAAUCUAUGUAAAAUUGGAGAAAUUGUUCUAAGAAACAGAAGACAGCAUUUUAGUUUCCAGAUUCAAGGCAUGCACUGAAUGAUGCGAUGGAGGAAGAAAAAUAAUUAUUCUUUUGAUGUCAUUGUAGAAGUUGGAAAUCGCAUUUGGAUUGCUAAACAAACCUCCUGCAACAACAAAUUGUUGUCAGGAACGCAAACUGAUGCCGUUGUUUCAAACUAGAAAAUUGUUCUUGUGGAGAUUACUGGUGAUGGUAAGUGAAACGAUCUGUUAAAAUAGGCUUGCACUUUGACAAGGUGUACUGUCACGUACCUGCAGAAAGGAAGGAGCAGAUUUUAUCCCCAGUUUCUAAAAGGAAACCUGGAGGAGGGAGUGGAGGAUGGAAAAAAGCAAAAUAAGAGAAACUCUUGGAAGGAAACGAAAAGAUGUUUGUCCAAUAGGUUAAGAGAUGGUUUACAAUCAACCCGACGCUUGGAAAUGAUGGUCUGCCAUUUGGGAUCGAAUUGCCUGUUCCAGAUUAUGCAUUCAGAUUUAUAUAUGUUCAUGUGGAUUUUGUUUCAUUAUGGUUGGAGGUUUCUCAUGUUGGUUCAGAUGCCUUUGUUUCAAUAAAGCUAAUCUGUUUGUGAAUUCUUCUUAAAUCUAAUAUGAAUUUAAUUAGCCUGUUUUUUAUUUUA